GCCCAUAAACCAAAUAGGAAAAUCCAAUGAUGGUACCCACACCCUUGACCCCUACCAGUCCCCACCAUGAUUUCUCCUCUUUAUGAAUGAAUAUUGAGAUAGAAACAUCAUCAAACUAACCUCUGUGUCUGUUUUUCCUCUUUCCAACAACAAGUUUCAAUGUCUGAGUCUGAAUUAGCCUCUUGUGAUGAAUCUCCCUCCUCCUCCACAUCCACUCCAACCAUUCAAAUAGUCUCAAAGUCCUUCUCUGAGAGGCUUAUGGGGAAAUUCUUUGAUGCCACUCAGUUUGAUUUUGUGUAUGAGCAAAGUGGCCUUUGGUCUCCCCCAGUAAGAAGAACUGUGUUCUUGGCCUCACCUGCAGGUAACAUAUGCUCUCAAGAUGAAAUUCUGAGGAAGCUCAAGAAGGCAAAGAAGCCUUGCAAGAGACCCAUGUUGUGCUUCUUCAAUGCCUUUUUGUGCUCUUGAGUUGAUCUUUGCAGUGCAUAAAGUGAUCAUGUGCCAACCAUAAUAACCUCUUUUGGGAAAAAGUUGUGUUUGUCUCAGAAUAUUUAUAUAAGAUGCUUUCAUUGUGCAUGUGUGGGUACUGCUUUGCCAACUAUGUGGCCCAGUGGAAUCAUAACCUAAAGUGAGAGAUUCUAUGUAUAGAAGUACUUGCAAGUUCUUUGCCAUGUUACCAAAAGUCUUGUAUUCCAACUUUGUUUCAUAAUGCAAUAUUGAUGUGUAUGAUAACUUGUUUCUGAAAAAUUGUCUGUCAAAUUGUUUUGUGUAAGUUGAUAAUCUAUAUGUAGCAGUAGCAGCCUGCA